UAUUUUUUAAAGAAUGUAAGAUAAUAUAAUUGCUGAUCGUAUGACACCUUAUCUUUAAUUGUAAAUGUAUGCAAAAUUUACAUAAUUGGCUGUGAAGAAUUCAUGUGUAAAUAUGGGAUAAGGUUUUCCAAAUUUUCCACCUCCAUAAUUUUUAAGAUAAGCUAUAGCAGAGGAAGCAUUAACUGAGAGUUUAUAAUAUACAUUAACAGCUGGUCAUCCAAAACUAUUGAAAGUAACAUCUGAGUUUUUUGAAAAACAUAUGGGAAUCAAAGUAGAUGUAGGAAAAGAAAUAAUGGCAAGUUCUGGUGCAUAAUCUGUUUUAGCAUGUGUGUUUUAAGCAUUAUUAAAUCCUAAUGAUGAAGUAAUUUGUUUAGACCCUGCUUUUGGUAUAAUAAACAAUAUAUAUAUAUAAAAGAUUUUUAUAGACCAUUAAUUGAAUUUUAAGGAGCUAAACAUGUUGGAAUUCCAUUAAGACCUGCUUAAUUAAAUAGUAAAGAAAGUAUAUUGAAAAGAUUCGAAAAUGGUAAAAUACACUUUUCAAAAGAGGAUGAAUGGAUAGUUGAUUAUGAUUAUCUUGAAUAGAAAAUAAAUUAAAAAACUAAAAUGAUAAUAAUAAAUUCACCAUAAAAUCCAAUUGGAAAGUAAUCAUUAUAUAUAAUUAUAGAGUAUUUUCAAAUGAAGAAUUAGAUAGAUUAGCUGAAAUAUUAGAAAAACAUCCAUAAAUAAUUGUAUGUGAAGAUGCUGCAUACCAUCAUGUUGUUUUUGGUGGUUAUUAACCUUUUAAAUAUCCUAGAUGUAUUAGUCAUCCAAAAUUAAAAUCUAAGACUGUUUGUGUAACAAGUGCAGGUAAAAUGUUUUCAGCAACAGGAUUAAGAGUAGGAUUUGCUGUAGGAGAUGAGAAAUAUAUUAAAGGUAUAAAAUCUGCAUAAACAUAUCAUAAUUUUUGUUUAAAUCCAGUAUUAUAAACAGCUACUGCAAAAUGUUUAGAAUAAACUAUGGAUGGUUAAUACUUUACAGAAAUUAGAGAUUUAUAUGAAGAAUAAUCAACUAUGUUAUUAAAAGGUUUACUAGAAAGUAGAUUAAAUUUACAUUGUUGGGUUCCUUAAGGAGGAUAUUUUUUAGUUACUGAUAUUAGUAAUGUAGAAAUACCAGAAAAAUAUUAUAAAGAUGAUUAAGAUGGUCAUUAACUUACAAAAGAUUUUGCAUUUGCAUAUUAUAUGGCUAAUGAAAUUGGAGUAGUUUGUAUUCCUUGUUCUCCUUAUUUCGAAAAUAAAGAAUUAGGUUCAAGAUUUGUAAGAUGGGCAUUUUGUAAGACAACAGAAACUAUUUAAGAUGCAUGUAAUCGUUUAAAAUGAGAAAAUUGUAUAAUUUAAUUUAG